CUCCCCGGCACCAUGAACCGCCUCGGCUCCGGCCCCGUGGGCAGCGCCACUGCCGCCUCCGCCGCCGGCCAGUACCGGGUGUGCGGCAUUUGCCGGAAGGUGCCGAGACAGGAAAAAAGAGUACAAGUCUCCCCACCGCUGACAAGAGGACCAAGUGCCUUUAUACCAGAGAACGAAGUUAUGCAAGCAAAUGGUUUGGAUGAACGUACUAAUCUUCUUGUGGAAGAAUAUUCUACAUCUGGUCGCCUGGACAACAUCACACAGGUCAUGAGCAUCCAUACUCAGUACCUGGAGUCUUUCCUGCGCAGCCAGUUCUACAUGCUGCGCAUGGAUGGGCCCCUUCCUUUGCCCUAUAGGCACUACAUUGCUAUAAUGGCUGCUGCCAGACAUCAGUGUUCCUACCUAAUAAAUAUGCACGUGGAUGAGUUUCUGAAGACUGGUGGGAUUGCAGAGUGGUUGAACGGUUUGGAAUACAUUCCCCAAAGACUGAAAAACCUGAAUGAAAUAAACAAGCUCCUUGCACACCGACCCUGGCUGAUCACAAAAGAGCACAUUCAGAAACUUGUCAAGACUGGGGAAAAUAAUUGGUCUCUUCCUGAACUGGUGCAUGCUGUUGUCCUGUUGGCACAUUAUCAUGCCUUGGCAAGUUUUGUAUUUGGUAGUGGCAUUAAUCCAGAGAGAGAUCCGGAUACAUCUAAUGGAGUCAGACUUAUAGCAGUCAACAACUUCUGUGUCUGUGAUCUUGCCAAUGACAACAACAUAGAAAAUGCAUCCCUCACAAGUAGCAACUUUGGGAAUGUCAUGGUGUUUUUGCAGAUUGCAGAUUCUUUAAGUGAGCUGGAAGCCUUAAUGGAAAGGAUGAAGAGGCUACAAGAAGAUAAAGAGGAUGAAGAAGCCUCUCAGGAAGAAAUGGCAACUCGCUUUGAAAAGGAGAAGAAGGAGAGUCUGCUAGUAAUUAGUGGAGCAUUUGAUGAUGAAAUAGUUUCUACAGAUGUCUCCCGCUAUAUUGAAGAUCCUGGAUUUGGGUACAAAGACUUUGCAAGGCGAGGAGAAGAUCAUCUGCCAACAUUCAGAGCUCAGGAUUAUACUUGGGAAAAUCAUGGCUUUUCCCUUGUAAACAGGCUUUAUUCUGAUAUUGGGCAUCUCCUUGAUGAGAAGUUUCGGAUGGUAUAUAACCUCACGUAUAACACUAUGGCAACACAUGAAGAUGUUGAUACAACUACGCUACGAAGAGCUUUAUUUAACUAUGUCCACUGUAUGUAUGGAAUCAGGUAUGAUGACUAUGAUUAUGGAGAAGUUAAUCAGUUACUUGAACGCAGCCUGAAGGUUUACAUAAAGACAGUGACCUGCUACCCAGAGAGAACUACCAAGCGCAUGUACGAUAGUUACUGGCGUCAGUUCAAGCACUCGGAGAAGGUUCAUGUCAAUCUGCUUCUAAUGGAAGCUCGUAUGCAAGCGGAACUUCUGUAUGCCCUUCGUGCCAUAACUCGUCACUUAACCUGAAGCAUCCGCUGAGCAGGAGUAAAGGAGUUUUACUGAGUAUGUAAAGACCUUUUGAAAUAGAUACACACCAGAAGCUGUUUGUGAUGUAGCAUCAGGUUAUUCAAUUCUCUAGUGUCAAAGUUUAGCCGUGCUUCUUGGCGGCUGUAAUGUGCAAUGACGUGUUUUAUUUUUCUUGAUGCUUAACAUUACUAAUGAUAACAAAAGUAACACUGAGGAGCACUACUCUGCAUUGUUUCCGGCUGGAUUUCUGCGCAGUGGUCAGGAUCCUGAAACUGGUUUUGUUAUAUCCAAUCCUAGCGCUUUGUUCUUUAAGCACCGGAGUGAAGUGCUUAGAGACUUCUUUUUCCAAGCAAUCAUUUUUCAGAUUAGUGGAGUCCAGCAGGAGAUGGGUUCUGCCUGUCCUGAGAACACACCACCACAUCGUGACUUGUGAUGGAGACACACGGGCUGAGUUGCAUUGAAUUGCCCACUGGAUUCUCCUGUGUCUCCUGGAGAUGGCUUGCCAGUCACUGUCUUACUACAGCAAUUGAAGGUGAUGCGAGAUGUGGAUGCGAACAUUGAGCACACUAUAAUGUGAAAUGAAUCAUGAUAAAUCCUACAGCAUGCUACUGAAGUGCAAAAUUCAUCUGCUUUGUCAUGCCCCUUCCCAAGAGAAGAGGCCUCACGAUUUCCCAUUUCAGCCACACUUACUGUGUUUCAAUCAUGCAUAACCUUGUUUUACUGACAGUCACCCUCAGUUGUCCUUACAAUAUCCAUGUUCAUCACAUGCUGCAAUUUGUUUAGUUGGCACCUAUAAAGUUAAUACACAGGCUGACCAAAAACAGGGUGGUGGGUUUUUUUGCACUCUCUUCUUUCUCAAUGUUCUACCUAAGGAAAAGUAAAGGAAGGCUAGCAUAUCUGUUCUUUCAUAUUGGAUGUGUAGAAAUUUAUUUCCCAUAACUUUUUCAUAGCAUGAAAUUUUAAUACUUAAAGAAGUUUCUAUGCAUUAGUGUGAGUGAACAAAAGAAAAGUGCAAUAUUUAAAAAGAAAGCAAGCUUUUUUCCCUAUCAUGCCACUGCUAAAGUGUCCUUCUUACAUAGCCAUAAAGAAAUUUUAAAACCAAAUUUCUUUAUUGUCUAAGGCCUAGCAGUUUUGUUUUAGCUUUUAUGGCUUCAGACAACCUGAUACUGAGAUGCCAAAGCAUCCCCAAAACAAAGCAUUCUUGGACAACCAGUAAUAUUGGGGAAGGGAAGAAAUAAGCUGCCAAAAAUGUCACACACUUUUGUGCUGUUUUCUGUUGCUUUCAACUAAUUUCUAAGAGCACAAAAUGUUGAUAUUUAUAGCUUUAUUUUGUAUUGCAUUUAAUGAACCAGUGAAGUGCCUAAAGAGAUGCUUAAACUUACCCAGUAGGAUGCAAGUUGUCACCGCUUCAGCUUCCGUCUGUUGGUUUGGGCUUUUCAUAUUUCUUUGAGGAGGGUGACCUUUAUUUCUGCUGCAUACAUUCAAAACUAACUGGAUAGGUUUAUUUUUAAUGUGCCAUUGGACUGUACAAGUUAAUACCGGAUUUUUUUCAUCGGUGAUUGCAGAAUAGUUUAAAAACCUACUGUUCAUAUUCUAACCUUUUCAUUGACAAAAUCAUGGACCAGAAUGCUCCUAAAGUCAGUUCUCUCUUUUCUUCCCUUUUCCUGAACCUUGCUGUGACUCCACAUGUUGGUUUUCUCGCUUUAUCUGUCUGUUCCAGAUUGGAAAGCUAAAUGAUUGUACACUUUCCUGCACUUUCAGACUGCAGACUCUGCAUGUGAAAACCUUUUGAGGAAGAAAUCAGUAAUUAUGUUUUUUUUUGAUGUGACGUUGGCUGUUUAGCAAACUACCCAAUAGAGAGCAUCAGAGAGAGCGUUGGGUAAAACAUCACAUUUAUUUAUCUUGCAUAGCUAACUGCAAAGAUUUCUCACAAGUACUGAGAUGCUCAUAUAUAUGAACUUAGGUUAACUUCCUAAGUUGUUAUGAUCCUUUUUGCUCCCUCCUCUGAGUGUAGUGGCCAUACCUAAUGGCUUUUGUGCAUAAAACAGUUCUGCUGAGAGAAGUUUUCAUGCAAUACUUUUAGUUUUCCUCAAGUGAUGGGAACUGUACAGUACUACUUUAAAUCCCUUUGCUUUGAGAAGUCAAGUAGUUCUCAAGAAGCACAGUUGAGCUCUGGAAAGGACGUGAAACUUGGUUUGGUUAACUAAUAUGAUGGCUUAGUUUCCCUUCAGAAAAGCAAAGACUCUUAGAGUAGAUUGAAUUUUACAUUUGGAAACAUGAGUGCCUUUACUUCUUUCCUUAUGAUACAUACUUGCCAGCUCAAAUGCCUUCUGAGCAAAGUACAUGAGCAGAUUUGAAAUACAGAAGCCAUCAAUGGAUUGCUUCAUGAAAUUUAUAGUAAACCAGUGAUUUCUUCUUUCUUUAAGGUGCCAUAUCACGUCGUAUAUGGCCUGCAAGACAUUCCGCUAUAGGAAAUGUCAUUGUGCAACUAGUUUGCUAUUUCUCUCUCUUUCUUUUUAACAUUAAAUGCAAACUUGAAACGUCUGGAAAUGUUUUCCACGUGGCUUUUUUUUUCCCCCAAGUAUUGCAUUUACAGUGUAACAAUUUAUAGCCUAGUUUUUAUACUCAGAUUUAUGAUUUUGAGUAGGUGUUUGUUCAGAAUAGGUGUUUAAAGUCAGACAACUCUGCCAUACACUUUAUGCACGCUUUAGGCUCACACUGUGCCAAAUUUCAAUGUGCAAGUGUUCUUGGAUGUUUCUGCAUUUUGAAAGCACUCGUGAAUGUGAAUCUUUACACUUUGUUUAUCAAUAUUAUCCUUAUGGGUACCGUAAUCAUUGCAAAUGUAGAUACUCGCCCUCCAUGUUCCUUUAUUGGAAUUGGUAUUUACCAGCAUUAAUGUUAGUCCACAAAAUGCCAGCCAGGACCAACAUCAAAACAAGUGUACAGUCUCCUGUCUACAGAAGAGAAAGCUUGGUAGGCACAAAUUAACCAGCUACACAGGGAAUGCUCUUAAGUAGGGAACAGAGGUUUUGAGCAUGGACAGCUUCUUAUUAUUGCAGAAUCACUUCAAACUCUGUGCUGGGACAGAUACAUUCUUGCUGAAAUUGCUCCGUUUUUUUGCUAAUGAAGAGAAAUGGAAAAGAUGCUGAUUGGAGAAAGCAUUUGCAUUUCCCAGAACACUCCACCUGCAGCUGAACAUCACAAGUGUGGCAUCAGACAGGAAUAGAAACCAUUUUAAACUAGGGAACAGUUUGUGCAGAUAGCCACUAAAGCCAGCGUUGUGGUACCCUGAGAGAAUUUUGGUGAGCUGUAGAUGGAUUUAUUUUCAUCAAGACUAAACUGAAACAUAAAUUCUUUGUCUUAAAGCCUUCAUUGCAAUGAAAAGGAUGUACUUUCAGUUGUAAGAAUUAAAGAAUUGCCCCUCUCAGCUCUUCCUAGGUAUUAAAAAAACCUUAAGGACAGGAAAAUCAGUGGUUAUAAACAAUUACAAGUCUCUAUAAAUAUAGAACAGAUCAGAACAGAACAAAAAGGAAAACAUUUUGCUUCUCUGUUACUUGAGUGCACAAAGUCAAAGCUCCAGAUUCCUCUAAGUAUUUUUGUUCGUAGUGAUACUCAGAGAUAUUUUCAUGGGAUGUGGAAAAAGCAGGAGUUGCCUAAAUUUCAAUGGGAAUUUAAGCACUUAGCAAAAUUCUACAAGGUGCCCACUUGCAUUUUUGAGUCAGGUUUUUAAAGAUACUUAGUCACCUAAAUCCAACAGCAUAAAAUCAGUUUCCAUAGAGAUUAAAGGAAUAAUGUGUAGCAGACCCACGUGAUUCACAGUGAUUGUUAAUGAAAUGGGUUGUUUUGGGGACUUAAUAUAGGCUUAGAGAAAUCUUUCCCAAAGCAGUUAGACUGUAAGCUGCUGCUCUUGCAGAACAGGUUCUCAAUGUUUCUCAUGCAUGUGUGUUUUCCAUGAACAUAGGCAUGCAUUUCAGGCUCAUGUUCCACAGUUCGGACUCCCUUUUAGAAGAGCUGGAUUGGAUUUAGAAGAGUUAUUGGUGGUAGCAAGUGGAUACUUGGUAGCUUGUACCCAGACUAAAAAGUUUGGGGUAAAAAGAAAUACUCCAAAUCUUGAUUUCAAGUGUUCAGUUAAUUUCCUUAGAGGUUUGGAUCCUUCUCCCGUAAAUAAGGGGUGAUGUUGCACAAAAUAAAGGGAGAAAGGAGUGGAUUCAUUGUAAGUGAACCUUCCCAGAGCCAAUCUGAAUAUAAAGCUGUAAGAGUUGGUUUGCUGUAAGCGAUCAUUCCAAGAGCUGGACAGAAGUGUCAAUUUUCACUAUAUGAACUCCAGAUUUAUUCUCCCUCAUGUCCCCCAGCACUGUGUUUGUCAGAAGAGGUGCACCCACCAGCUUUUCCACAUUUGGGAACUGAGAAUGUUUAUCUCCAAAUGAAACUGAAUUUAGCUUUUCAUCCUUACUGCAUAGAUCACAGGUAUGGGAGAUGGAGAGAGCACAGUAGCAUGAGGAAACUUUAGGAGCAUCUUGAUCAGUGUUAAUGCAUCCCUUAGAGCAUGUUUCCUGGCAUGUGGUCAUGCUGCUGCUCCCACAACUUGCGUCAGCUCUCUUUUGCAGACAUUUAAUCCUUCUGCUGCUCAAAAGGGGCAAAAGUUGUCAUUUUCCAACCUGGCAUCCUGCAUCAAGUGCUUCCUUUCUUCCCAGCUCACAACCCCUCGCAAUCAUGCAGGGGCAGCCUCCGAGCCUUAGCCUUGUAAAACAAUGCUAGGUUCCUCUAUUGCCAUUUGAGUUCAGAGGGACUUGCGCAUGUUCAGAAACACUCAAUUGUUGUAUUAGGUUAUUUCUGGACAGGAAAAUUCCAAAUCUGGUUCAAAAGGAUGACAGUCAGUACUUGCUUACAGCAUCUAGGUAGCAUUUGCCAGUAGCAUGUUAGGUCCCAUCUCUGGAGUUACAGUGAUAAUCCAGUGAAUCCAGUAAGGAAUGCUUUCUUUGGCAAGACUCCCCAUGCUUGAGCUGUUCAGCCAUGCAGGUUUCUUUGGGGGACAUAUAAUGGGGGAUAUGAGGUCCUCUUGUGACAGGCAGCUUCUUGGGUGCCCUGCAGCCAGCCUCCGGAACAAGUGGAUUUGGGUUUUUCACUUACCUAUGGGAUAAAUCCAGAUGCACUCCAUGGAGUGGCUGCUGGAGACAUAGGCAGGGUUGGGUGUUCCUACAGGUACUGAGUAUCACCAGGGCUGGUGGAAAAUAGAAACCUGAGUUCUGCUUUUGUUCUUGACAGUAGUUAGAGGUGGUAUUGAAGACGCCAGUUAAUACACUGGUGGUGAGCGAGCCAUGCUGUCAGCAUCAGAAAGUAGAGACCACAGGCACCCAUGAGGGGACACAACCAGUGCAGGAGGAGCUGACACGUUGGCCAGUUGGAGAAACUUGACCAGUGUGUCUGAGAGAUUCCUGAGCUUCUCUCUGCUUAGAGACGGUGGGAGAUGCCUCAUUCCGAGGUGUCCAAAGGGCUUCUGUAGGACAAGAGCUGGGGCCCUUUCCUUGCUCCACAGAUGGAGCAGGGGAAGGGAACCGUUCGCUUCUGCCCAAGAAAAACGUGCUGCUGUUGAACUGCAUCUUCUUGCCCCCACCAGAUGGGUGAACCCCCAAGCGUUGUGUCUCCAGCUCAGGGCCCUGGGGGGCAGCAGCAGCAGCAGGUCCAAGCACCCACAGUCCAGAACUCUUCCUCAUUGCCCAUUUCACACUCAUGUCGUGCCACCAGACCCAAGCCUCCUCCCUCCAGCCCAGCCGCCGCAUGCCCAGGUGGCUGCAGGAGAUACUGGCUUUUAGGGGGAAAACAAUCCCAAUUAGGCUACAGCCCUUGGACUCGACAAGGCAACGCAGUCAGGAAUCCUUUCACGACUGUGACCUGGAACUGGAUAUAAACUGUAGCUUAUAAAAGAAACAGGAACUUUGUAAACUUGAAAUCUCUCGGUUUUACCCUUUUCUCCUUUUGCUGGAAAGCCACACGAUGAAUGUAUAUGCUUUUCUCUUUCUAUAUCCAACCUAACUGAGAAUCAGACUGCCAACACCUUGUUUUGUAUUAGCCUUUUUUCCUUUUUUUUUUUUAGAGAAAAACAACAAAAAAAAAAGAGUUUGUGAGCAAUAUAUGUAGCAUGCUGUGAACGUCUGUUUUGAUCCUUAUAGUUACUCUUUAAUCCAUCAGUAUUAACACCAGUUCUUUUUCGUGUUCCCCUUGGUACUUUGUAUGCGGUGUAAGCAGAAGCUGUGAUCGGCUUUGCAGUCCUGUGCCGUGUUACUGUAACUCCUUGAUUCUUUAGGAAGCACCUGACUGUGGGCCACCCUGGCGCAGGCAGCGUGCCCAGACACGACUGCCACCCUUCAAGUCUCUUGUACUAUGUAUAGUUUUAAGUAGAAUAAGCUUUUUAACAGAAUAUUGAUGCGGUUUUUGAGUCACGCAGGCUGCAAGUGUCUGGUGUGUGAGAGUCUUUGUAUUUAUAGUUGUUGGGGUUUGGUUUAUUUCUCGUUUUGUUGAUGUUUUUUGAAUUCAUAAAGUAGCAAACUUGAUAAACAUAGCCACUUUAAACUGCUCUUGCUAAACAGACCCUGCUGUAGAUAAAAUACCACUGUAGAUACAGGGAGGUGCUCCAGCAGACCCUGGGUGAGCAGAGCCGCUCUUUGCAAAAAGCAUGGUCCGAGCUGCGUGGCCGCCCUGUGUUUGAACACAUUUGGACCCAAACGUGGGGCAGGCUGAGAUCUGGGAGUGUUUCAUCCCCUGUGCCCAUAAUCCCACCACUGGCAUGGUCUGCUCACUGUGCCUGAGGGGCACAUGAGCCUUGCUGGUGUCUGGAGGGAUGGACGGACCAGCCGCCGCUCCGAAAACAUGGGCAUGGCCUUUCUGCAGCCCGAAAGCUUCCGAGCCUCUCUGAGUGCAAGCGUUAGCCCUCAUGUGCUGUAUGCAGAGCCCGGCAUGGUGUGAUAAGGAGCGGCAUCAGCUCCCCAUGGGCAGCUGUGGGUCGGAGGGGCUGUGGCAAGGCAGUGCCCAGGGGUUGGCAUUUCAUUGCAUCUCCCCCCUCUGACAUGGGAUAAGUUGUACCCAGCUUCUUGCCUCCUCUGCCACGGCCCCAGAGGUGUUCCAGGAUGGAGGAUUAAGGACAAAGCUCUGGUCCUGCUGCUCCAUCCCACCCCCUGGAAGCGAGGUGGCUCCAUGGGUACCACGGUCCCCCCAGCAUCCCGCAGGCCUCCCGUCCUGCCUGCCCUGAGCUCCGGAGACACGCUGCAGACCCCAUACUGUCCUAGAGGGUUUACUGCAAGGUGAGGCAGCUGCUAGGAGCUCCCUGCGGGUUCUCCACAGCAGCUUUUACCAGUUACUUGUUCUGUUAUUGCUGGUUGGGGUUUUCUUUGUUGGAUUCCUUUCUGUUCCCAGAGAACGGGCUGACCUGGCGGGAUGGAUUUUCUCUUUGUGUGUGACUUGUGUUAGUUUUUAAGUUACCCGACUUGAAUUUAUCUGAAAGAUGCAGAAGGAACUCUUUUUUUUUUUUUUUAAUUUUUUCUUUUUUUUUUUGGUGAGUUAAGAGACAAAAAAAAUGCAUUUUUAAACAAAGGAAUCGUGUAUUAACAUUUUAACAGCAAUUCAUAAAUCUGCACUUUUUAUGAGGUUUUGAAAAAUCUAUUUAUAGGUACGGAACAAUGGGGUUUGUUUAAAACUGUAUCGCAUUUAUACUUGCUGAAAUUACUUUCAUUGUUAUCAGUAGGAAUUUCAUUGGUUAAAUAAAAUGGAUAAAACCUG